AUGGCCUUCCUAAUCCUCGUAAUUGGUGACCUACACAUACCCGACCGCGCACUCGACAUCCCCCAAAAGUUCAAGAAACUGCUCUCCCCCGGCAAGAUCGCGCAGACGCUCUGCCUCGGCAACCUCACCGACCGCACGACCUACGACUACCUGCGCAGCAUCGCGUCGGACCUCAAGCUGGUGCGGGGGCGGACCGACGUCGAGGCCUCGGGCCUGCCGCUGACCCAAGUGGUGACGCACGGCUCGGUGCGCGUGGGCUUCCUCGAGGGCUUCACGCUGGUCAGCGACGAGCCGGACGUGCUGCUGGCGGAGGCGCAUCGGCUGGACGUGGAUGUGCUGUGCUGGAGCGGGGGCACCCAUCGGUUUGAGUGCUUUGAGUAUAUGGAUAAGUUUUUUGUGAAUCCGGGGAGUGCCACGGGGGCGAUGACGACGGAUUGGGUGGCUGGUGGGAGUGGCGAGGUGAAGGGGGAUGCCGAGGAGGUGGUGCCGAGCUUUUGUCUGAUGGAUGUGCAAGGGAUUUCGUUGACGUUAUACGUUUAUCAGUUGAGGAAAGGGGAGAACGGGACUGAGAAUGUGGCGGUCGAGAAGGUUACUUACACCAAGCCGGUCGAGCCGACGGGGGCGCCAUGA